AUGCAUAGACUCGACAUAUCGCUCUCGCUCUUGAUAUUCUUCGCACUCGGGGCUCAUGCUGGCCCUCUCGGUUGGCUGCGUGCGGCAUCUGCAUCAGUCCAGGCGGACCAUGGAUGGCUAUGGGGCUGGGCAUGGGGAGCAGACAGCUCCGUGUCUGUCGUUGACCGCACACCUCCACUGACGUUUAUUUCGCGACCUGCUGCCUUUGGCUCUGAGCUUACAGAUCCCUUGCUUGGAUAUGUCAUCCCCCUGAACUCGUUCACUGCACCAUGCACCGAUGUCGAAGACGCAAAUGAGUUUGCGCUAAAUUUUACAUCCCAGGCCCCUACAUCGAACGUAGGAUGUCCUGCGCUAUGUAUCUCUGGCCCAAAUGUUCCCGAAGCCAGUGAAUCGUGGAUUGCUCUCGUGCAGAGGGGGAAGUGUCAAUUUGCCGACAAGGCCAGGGAAGCACAGAGGCUUGGCGCGCGUGCGGUGGUCGUAGGCGGCGACGAUCCCGAGAUUAGUGGGAAUCCAGAUGCGCUCGUGAAUAUGUACAGCCCAGGUGAUGCUUCGGACGUGAGGAUCGCAGCCACUUUUAUCAAGUACUCGGAUUACAUGGAGCUCUCGUCGCUCAUUGCUACCUCUAACACCUCGCACUCUGGACUGAAGACCCUUUCCCUGCUGCUGAACUCAGAAUACUCGGUAUGGCAGUGGUAUUCCCCAAUACUCACCUUCUUGACGAUCCUGGUCGUCCCGUGCUGCCUUACCUUUAUGACGCUCCUAAUCCAUCGCAUCCGACUCGUCCGCGCCGCACAGCGCGACCGUGCACCAGAGGAUAUCGUCAAAAGUCUUCCAUGGAGGGUCUGGACAGGCACCGGUUGGGAGAAACACAGCGGCGUCGUUCCGGGCCAAGACGCUCAGCCCGCACCGUCACACCAAGAUGUCGACAUUGAACUCCGCGAGUCUCCUGCUGAAUCGGUCACGCCCGCACGUGUGGUCGACGAUGACGAUGAUCCCGCGUGGUUCCAGUCACAGUCCGAGUGCGCGAUAUGUCUCGAAGAGUUCAUGAAGGGUGAUCGAGUGCGCGUCUUGCCCUGCAAGCAUAUUUUUCAUCUGGAUGAAGUGGACGCGUGGUUGAUCCACAGGAAGAAGUUGUGUCCUGUCUGCAAGGCUGACGUGACUCAGCCGCCACCCGUCAUAUAUUCUCAUACGCCAUCUCCUUUAGCCGAGAACACACCUGUCGCUCAUCCAGCGUCACCACCGAUCGAUUCUAUGCUUGAAGCCACCGAACGGACUCCACUAAUGCAAUCCAACUCCUGA